CGCAACUUCGGUGCAUUAUUGGAUCCCACACUCAACAUUCAUUCAAUGCACCAAACCAAAUCCUCCGCCGGCGCCGGCGCCAAGCACCGCCGCGCACCACCCCCAGAUCCCACCAUCAUCCGUACCGUCUCCGAACACAAUAAAUCCCUCUCUGCAACUCAUUUGCUGCACCCACCUUCAACUGUUAUCCACUCAGUAGCUUUGGGCAAAUCAAAGAGCCAGCGCAAAGCAACGCAGCAGAAGAGCAGUGAUGAAAGCAAGAAGAAGGAAAAGUGUGAGAUUGAGUUGAUGACUCAUCUCUUCUCUCAUCACAACCCUAACCCUAAUAAUAAUGCGAAGGUUGUGUCAGUGGACAUGCCUCCAUUUAUGCAGAUUCAUGCUCUCAAUUUUGCCACAAAGGCAUAUCAUACCUUGCAAAACAUCACUCCUAAGGCCCUUGCUCUCACCCUCAAAAAGGAAUUUGAUGGGGUAUAUGGAGCAGCCUGGCACUGUAUAGUAGGGAGCAGUUUUGGGUCAUUUGUGACACAUUCUGUAGGUGGCUUCAUAUAUUUCUCAAUGGAUCAUAAGCUAUAUGUACUCUUGUUCAAGACCUCUAUAAAGAGACCAACUUGAAACUCAUAUUAUGUUAAAUAAUCAAACACCAGCUGAAA